ACGUUUGGACGAUCGGCGCUAAAACCGCGUGUCUGCAAUUUGCGGUGAAUUCCAUUUGUGCUGCCUAUUGCAAAUUUUCCUUACCGGCCGGGAAAUACGUAAAGCUGACCGUAUCAGCUGCGACACCCGACUCGCAGCUGCCGUUACAAACCGUGUCUUUCCGGAGCGAUUUGCCGCUUAGUGCGCGUGAAGUGUACGUGUGUGUGAGGAGAAUUUGAAGGAAGCGGUUGUGUGGUGAAGCAUCAUCCCGUACAUUGCAUCCGUAAUCCGCACCCGUCCGAACAUGGAUACCGUCAAGAUAAGCGAAUUGCUGCGUGCCACCAUCGACCCAGCGCAACGAUUGCAGGCCGAAGAGCAACUAAAUCAGGUACACAAGAUCAUCGGUUUCCUGCCCUCGCUGAUGCAGGUGAUCAUGCAGAAUGAGCUGGAAAUACCGGUGCGAUUGGCCGGUGCCAUCUAUAUGAAGAAUCUGAUCAACACCAGCUGGCAGGACCGCGAGGCGGAAGGUGGCAAUCCGAUUCCGUUUGCUAUUCACGAGCAGGAUCGGGCCAUGAUCCGGGACACGAUCGUGGAAGCGAUCGUGCACGUACCGUCGGAGGUGAUCAAGAUACAGCUGUGCUUCUGCCUGAGCCACAUCAUCAAGAACGAUUUCCCGGGCCGAUGGACGCAGGUAGUGGACAAGGUGAGCCUGUGUCUGCAAAACAGCGAUCCGAACGCAUGGCAUGGUGCGUUGCUCUGUAUGUACCAGCUGGUGAAGCACUACGAGUACAAGAAGUCGGCUGAACGUGGUCCGCUAACCGAGGCGAUGAAUCUGUUGCUGCCCCAAAUCUACACGAUCAUGAUGAACGUGAUCAACGAACCAUCGGAACAGAGCAUACUGCUGCAGAAGCAAAUACUGAAGAUAUUCUACGCCCUGACGCAGUACUCGCUACCGCUCGAGGUGAUCACGAAGGAGGUGUUUUCGUGCUGGAUGGAAAUCUGCCGCCAGAUCCUGGAACGACCGGCCCCGGAUGCGUCGCACAUUGAGGAAGAAGAACGACCGCAGCAUCCGGCGUGGAAGACGAAAAAGUGGGCCUCUCACAUCAUUCUGCGCAUGUUCGAACGGUACGGCAGUCCAGGAAAUAUCAUCUCGAAGGAGUAUAAGGAAUUUUCCACCUGGUUCCUGCAAACGUUCACCAGCGGGCUGUUGAUGGUGUUGCUCAAGAUACUGGACCAGUACCGGAACAAGAUUUACGUUUCGCCGCGCGUCAUGACGAACACGCUCGACUACAUCAAGACGGCCGUUUCGCACGCGUUCUCAUGGAAGAUGCUGAAGCCGCACAUGAUCGAAAUCAUCCGGGACGUGAUCUUCCCGCUGAUGUCGUACACGGACGCGGAUGAGGAGCUGUGGGACAGCGAUCCGAUCGAAUACAUCCGCAAGAAGUUCGAUGUGUUUGAUGAUUUCGUGUCGCCGGUACAGUCAGCCGAAACGCUACUGCACAAUUGCUGUAAAACGCGCAAGGGCAUCCUCACGCAGGUGAUGCAAAUCAUUAUGCAGAUCAUCAACACGCCCGGGUUGGAUCACAAGGAGAAGGACGGAGCGCUGCAUAUGGUCGGCUCGUUGGCGGAGGUGUUGCUUCGGAAGAAAAUCUUCAAGGAACAAGUCGAGCAGCUGCUGAUGCAGUACGUGUUUCCCGAGUUUGCUAGCCCGCAUGGACAUCUGCGAGCGAGAGCCUGCUGGGUGAUGCACUACUUUAGCGAUAUUAAGCUGAAGAACCCUCAAGUGCUGGAGCAAGUUAUGCGCUUCCUGAGCAAUGCGCUGCUGACGGACAAGGAUCUGCCGGUGAAGGUGGAAGCGGCCAUGUCGAUGCAAAUGUUCCUCAUUUCGCAGGAAGAUGCCGCACCGUUCCUGGAGAAUCAGAUCAAGGAAAUUACGAUGGAGUUGUUGCGAAUUAUACGCGAAACGGAAAACGAGGAUCUAACGAACGUGCUGCAGAAGAUUGUGUGCACGUACGCGGACCAAUUGCCACCGAUUGCGCUCGACAUAUGUCAGCAUUUGGCGACCACGUUUAGCCAGGUGCUGGAAACGGAGGAUAAUGGUGAUGAGAAGGCGAUCACGGCGAUGGGACUGCUCAGUACGAUGGAGACGCUAUUGGCGGUGAUGGAGGAACAUCCGCAGGUACUGGCAGCAUUGCAUCCGGUCGUGUUGCAGGUAAUUGGCCACGUGUUGCAGCAGAAUGUGCUCGAGUUUUACGAGGAAGCGUUUGGGUUGGUGUGCGAUCUGACAUCGAAAAGCAUCUCGCCGGACAUGUGGAAGAUGUUAGAAAUUAUCUACGAGCUUUUCCAGAAAAAUGGAGCCGAAUAUUUUGUCGACAUGAUGCCGGCCCUGCACAACUACAUAACGGUCGAUACGCCUGCUUUCCUUUCCAACCAGAAUCAUGUCAUUGCGAUGUACAACAUGUGCAAAUCGAUCCUCACAAGCACCGCAACAGAAGAGUCGGAAUGUAGUGCAGCCAAAUUGCUAGAAGUCAUUAUCCUACAGUGCAAGGGACACAUUGACGAUUUCAUACCGAGCUUCGUGGAGCUGGCAUUGUUGCGACUGACCCGGGAGGUGAAAACGUCCGAGCUGCGAACGAUGUGCUUACAGGUGGUAAUUGCAGCUAUCUACUACAAUCCUACCAUGUUGCUAGAGAUACUGGAAAAGAUUCCGAUACCGGUUCCCGAUUCAUCCAUUACGGCUCACUUUAUCCGACAGUGGCUUCACGAUUACGAUUGUUUCCUUGGCAUUCACGAUCGUAAGCUGUGCAUUAUCGGCCUAUGCACUUUACUGUCGCUCGGCGACCGUAAACCGACCGUGCUGAGCGAGCUGCCGGACAAAAUCAUUCCAACGAUGCUGAUGAUUUUCGACGGCCUAAAGCGUGCCUAUGCAGCCCGUGCGGCCGAAGGCGAAGAGGAGGAAAGCGAGAACGAAAGCGAAGAUCUGGAGGAUGGUUUGUCGAGCGAUGAGGACGAUGUAGAUGAGAUAAACCCAUACUUCAAGAACAUGUCGAAGAUGGUACAGGAAAGGGGUGCGGAAGCUGGUUUCGAAAUUACUGCCUCGAUUCAGGAUGCUGAUUCCGAUGAGGAUGAUGAUGACGACGAUGAUGACGAUGACGAUGUCGACGAUAUGGAUGAAACGGCACUCGAAAGCUACACCACACCCCUGGACGAUGAGGAAAACCCCAACACGGUCGAUGAGUACAUUAUGUUCCAGGACAUUAUGAACAAUCUUCCCAACACUGAUCCAACCUGGUAUACAAUGCUUACCAGAAAUUUGAACGCAUCCGAGCGAAAGAACCUGCAGGAGGUGCUCGUGUUGGCCAACCAGAAAAAGGAAACUAAGCGCUCGAAAGAAAUCGAAAAGAGUGGUGGAUAUCAGUUCACCCAGCUGCAGAUACCAACCAGCUUUGGGUUUACGGGGCAGCAACAGUAAUAAUAACGGCUCGUAGUAAAGGAGCUAUGCAUUAGCCAAAACCAGUGUUGUGGGAAUGCUCGUCCAAGA